AUGGGGACUGGAUAUUCAACGUUACCCACCAAUGACGACAACGACAUGUUCGUUGCGGCAGCUUGUCGAGACUUGGGGUAAGUUUACCAUCAAAACAAACAUAUCCCAGAGAUUACCUAAGGAUGAAAAACACGUACUGCUUUCAGCACCAAACAUUGUACAACCCAAAUAUUCCGAAAGGAACCCCAAAUCAGGCCAACGUUACAUCGAGAUUCAAUAAAUACUUUGGCCACGGUGAGGCCUGGGAUUGUGAUCAGUGGGAGUUCGGACAAGGUAAGAUGAUGUCAGAGAUUAUGGUGUUUUUAGAACGUCAUUGUUCAUAAUAUGGAUACCGGUGAGUGUGUGAACAAAUGGAGCGGGCACAAAAAGGAGGUCACUAAGGUCAGUAUUUUAUCAUGAGAGUUUUAGAAAAAUUUUGACGAUAGAGUGCGUAAUGAGGGAAUCGGAUUAGAAAUAAAAAAGUUUUUUUUGGCCGUGAUUUUCUAAUAUUGCACGGGAAAGUUUAACUUCUUGCGAAAACAUUACUUUUAAAAAUAGAUGUAAUAUUUGUAAUCCUAACGAGGGAUGUGCAAAACCGCGCACCCUGGUUUUUUCUUGAGACAUACACCAUUUGAAAGAGCGUAAAAAACUGGUCUAGGAUCACAUUUUAUUGGCUCCUAUUUUUGCUCUACGCCUUAGCUAGAGAGCACUCUUUAGUUCUAGGCUUAUCUCACCCUUUUUCCGAGGAAACAAAUCUGAACGGUUUCCAAAGCACAGCGCAGCAGUGCUUCGGUGUCCUAGUGGGGUAAGGCGCUGAACGAGGCGAACCUGCGGACCGGGUUCGAAACCUCUUUAGACUUUUUUUUCUUUUUUCAAUAUUACAAACCAACUAAGGUCUGGAAGUGGUGUUUGAGUUUCGAGGAUAUUUGUGGUAUAAUGAGAGCUGUUUUUUAAAAAAAAACGGAGAUUUUUUUAUUCUUUCGAAUUUGUAGUCCUUGCCCUUGAAGUGGCAACUAGUGGGUAUCUUCUAUGGCUGAAACUUUCCACGACUUCCAGAUUUUUAAGAGUAAAGCCGGGUAACCGAAAGUACGUGAAAAUUGAGUCUGAAAACGGUUUACAUGUUUUCUACCCGCUAUGUUGCAUUGGGUUACACGACCUAAAAGAUCGCGUGAUCACACGUUGUGAGCAUCGACUUGGGUAUCUCAAGGUCGGAAAAAAGUAUUUAUUUUUUGGCAUAGGGUGAAGCGUUGGACGUCAUAGGUACUAUGAGACAUAUGAAAAUAAAUCCUUCAAUCUCUUUAGCCCCUCAGCAGCAAAGAGUCGUGAAAUCCAACUAGGAUUUUUUUAAAAAUGCUCGCUAGCUAGGGCGUAAAGCAAAAAUAGCAGCUAAUAAAAGGUGAUCCUAGACCAGUUUUUUACGCUCUUUCAAAUGGUAUAUGUUUCAAGAAAAAACCAGGAUGCGCGCUUUUGCCGAUCCCUUGUAAGUUUUUCAUGCCGAAACUGCAUGAUGAUUUUGAAGGCAAAUUUAAAAUAUCUGCGUUAAAUUUAUGGCAAAUUUCACUAAAAUCUAGGCCCUGCAUUUUGAGCACUUCUCAUCAACCAUCCAAAAGUGAUUACUGAAUAUCUCAAUUGUGAAACCAACAAAAUAAAAUUUUCAGGAAAUAUUGCAUUUUUAUGAAAAUUUAUAAUAUUUAACCUGCCUUAAAAUUUAAUCUUCAAAAUUUAAAUUUUAAACUUUCAGGUAGUCUACAAGCAUGUUGGUGGCAAACACUACGUUCUUUCGGGUUCUCGUGAUACAAAUAUCAAACUAUGGCGCUUUAAUAAUCCCAUGGCCAUCCAAACAUAUCAAGCCCAUGACAUGACAGUCAGCGGUUUGGCCAUUCUUGAUGGUAGGCCGUUCCAAUCGAUACAAUAACUUCCAAUUUUAGAGAGUAAAUUUGUCUCCGGUGCCAGAGAUUCGUCGAUUCGAUUGUGGGAUUUCGAGACUGCAACGCCUAUUCGGACGCUCAAAAUAAAUCGGAACAUGGUCACACAUAUCGACAAGGUCCCUCAGGAGAAUAUAUUCGUCCAGACGUCGGAGGAUCGGACACUCAGAGUGUGGGAUUCGAGGACAAUGAGUGUGGUCUACGAGAGUCCAACCAGGAAUCAGAUUUUGACGCAUUGCGACUGCUCGAGCGAUGGAAAUUACUGUUUAACGGCGAGUGGAGGCUCGGCGAAUGAGGGGUGUGAGGUUACGGUAAGUAAAGGUCGACCUUACAAUUUGUUAGUCCCUGCAUUUCAUUAAAAUACAACAGUCCUCGUUUAGUACUGGGACCUCCGAAAGCACGAAGUGAUAAAGGAGUUGCGAGGUCAUGAAGAUAACGUAAAAUCAGCCAUUUUUCUGCCGCAGCAAGUCACGUGGAAGAAGCUGGUGCUCAGCGCCUCCAGCGAUCACACGGUACGGGUUUGGAAUCUGGAGGAAGGAAGUAGGUUCGGUUUAAAGAAGGCUUACCUUUUCAGAUUGCUUGUGGAAAGAGACGUUGCCCACGAAUGCGGAGUUACAUGCUUGCGUCGGAUUUGCGGAUGGAAAGUAAGUAAAAUCAAAGAAAUUGGGUUUGCAAAGAACUGUUUAUACCACUGUUUUGUUUACAAUCGAUUGAAAGCUUGCACGUAUUUUACAAUUUACAGUAUAGGUGCUCAAAGUAACGGCCUCAGAGAUUUAUAAAACUUAACACAGCUUUCAACAACCCUAAUUUUAAGGCAGAUGCAAGAUUUUUAGUUUUUACUUUGCAAAAAUAACCUAGAUUUUUGGUUGGAAGUUUGCGAUCGUUUAUUAUUUUUGCAUACGCAGUCAGACCUUGCAACCUACCACUCCUUUACACCUUGUUUUCAUCUAGCCAGGUUACAGAGUCGUCUAGAUAUGAUGUGGGCUUACUGUAGAGGGUUCCUGCCAUUUUAAAACAGAGUGUAGCAUGAUAACUCUUCAAUUUUUGCAAUUUCAGUGUCGUUGUCGCGGGCGAUCAAGCCCUCUUGUGUGGAAUGCGGCUCUAUGGCAAAGCCGGCCGGCCUUUUCUCUUCGUCAACUCCAUUCAAUCCAAUUUCCAUCAGCCAACGAUGAUGCCGUCGGCGACCAGUAGUUACAGUAUACCUUAG